AAUGUUAAAUUAAGAACGUGCAUCUCAGUUGCCUUCUCCGUGAGUAAACAGGAAGCCAUUUACUCUGUUUGCAAGUUUCUCAUUGGCAUUUCCACAUGGAAACAUGAAAACGUUGUGCCGAUUCAACGUUGCGUCCAUGGUUUUAACCUGUGAUGGUUUCCCCUGAUAGAUGAGCAGCGAUCUGACGUUACACGAAGAUUACGUGUUCCUGAAGCGAGUCCAGAGCUGUCGGAAACCGCAGGGGGAGGAGAUGUCCUUUCUAGAUUGCGCGAAGAUUUCAGAAAGCUUCCGAGAACUGACGAAUUCUUUCCAAAAGGUUCCAGAUCAAAUUUUGCCAGCUAUGCAAAAAAGUAUCCCAAAGCGAGGUGCAAGCAUACACUUGGCAGGUGUGAGCAGCCAGGCCAAAGUUCUACACUGGAAGAAUACGAUCUACGCCCCGAAGGACGAUGCGUUCUCCAACAAGGAUGGAAAAAUCACAGUUAGCAAAGACGGGCGGUAUUACAUUUACGCCCAAGUCACCUUCUGCAGCAAGCCAGAGCUGCACGCCCCGUUCAACGUCCGUGUCUAUCUCAACCUGCCGUCGGAGACAGAUCAACUCCUACUGAAGGGGGUGGGGACUUACACCACUUCAGAGGACCUCUGUGGCCUGCAGUCCAUCCACGUGGGCAGGGUUGUGGAGCUCCGGUCUGGCCAUACCAUGUUCGUCAACGUAACGGACCUCUCCAGGGUAGAUUACGCCCAUGGGCAUACCUACCUGGGCCUCAUUCAGCUCUCCUAGAAAAAGGUUCUGCGGCCCGCCCUGAUCCCUUCCUCUGCCCUCCAACCAUAUUUAUGAACUCUUUGGUUCCAUUUCUUUUAUAGAUAUAUUUUAUUUAAUUUAUUAAGCAGGAGGGGGAGGGCGAAUUGUUCGAUUCCGAAGAUUAUCAAAGACAGGCGGCCCUUAAGGUGAGAGGAUAGCUGUGGUUUGCUCCAAGUUGGAAAGCUGAAGGUUGCUGCUUUCAAGACAGCAUCUCAGGUGGCUUCCAGGACUGUCGCGGGAGGAGAAAGUGGUGCGCCUCUCAAUCCCAUUCGUGCUUUGCUAGUAGAACUCAAGGAUGGACAAUAUCCCGGUGGGGAACCAUCUGCUGCUUCAUCCUGGAGGCCCACCCCAGGUCACAGUUGCCUCCAAAGAGGACUAAGAAAUAGCAAUAGCAAUAGCAAUAGCAGUUAGACUUAUA